GCGGGCCCGGCGCGGAGAGGGCCGAGGCCGCCGGGGGGGCGCGUUGCCUCAGACGGCCCCGGGCGCGGGGCGGUGACCGGGCGCGGGCCGCGCCGCGCCGCCCCGUGUGUGUGGGAGCGGCCGCACGUCGGGGCGGGGAGCCGGGCGCCGACUCAGCAGUGUGGGCCGCGCGCUGGCGCCGCGCCCGCCCGCCCGGCAGAAUGAGCUCAUUGUGCGCCGGCCGCGGGACCCGGCGGCUGAGGCGGCGCGGCGCGGGCGCGAGCGGGCUUUGUCCGUCGGUCUCCUGGGACUGAAGAGAGGGCGAGCACGGGCCCAGGACCGUUAGGAUUGUCAAAAUGGUUGAUUGCCAGGAUGUCUCUGUGGGGGUCAGUCAAGGGCCAGCUGCAAACCAGGGCCUGGAGGGAAGGCUGCCUGAGGGCUAAAGACAUUUUGUAUGAACACAGCUUCCUUGUUCGGACACCUUCCCUGCUUUCUCUGACGGAGGUCUUCCCGUCCCAAAGGAAGUGAACCGCAAGAAGAUGGCCGGGACCAGCGCUGCCUCCCCGACCCCACCGGGCGGCCAUGGACUGCGCGCCCCGGGCGUCAGCUACCGCCACUCUUUCUGAUCCACCUUCAUUUGUAUUGCGUAUGGUGUAUGGGGAUUGAUGAGGUCAUGGUAUCAUAUAUGGGAUUUUUUUCUGUGUAAAUCAUCGAGUGUAAGAAGAAACCAUGGGACUCUGAGCCCUGCUUUAGAGAAUUUACCUUGGACAAGUAGGGAUCAUCACUCCAGUCUUCAGCCGUUCUGACUCAAGUGGAACGCUCAGAAGUUCACACUGUGAAUCCACGUUUACAGACCCUGCAGGUGGGCCCACAGGCCUGGUCGUCACAGCAACGUCUUCCACAACUCACACCCCUCCGUGCACACCGCCGGUCCACUCCUGUCUUCCACGCACACAGCUCCCGACUGCUUCCGGCAGAGGCUGAGAGUCCCCCCCCCCUUUUUUUUUUCAUUUAGCUGUAACAAGCCUAGUAGUUUAUGUCCAUCAACUGUCUGUAUAUCUAUAUUUUGCCCAUGUACUCCUUUGAUGUAUAGAAGUAGUUGACACUCAUUGUUUCCUUGUGGUAAGUGACGAGAUGCUGCCACAGGACCUGAGACACUGAUGAAUGGUGCUAUUUUGGACUUCUCAACAUGCUCCCUGGCGAGGUAGCUCUGAUGGAGUUAUUUUUUAUUUCCAUGUUCCGAGAAGGCGUUGGUCCUCUGUCCCCCUGAGUGUUGUUCUCGCGACUGGACUGACUUGUUUCCCUUGUCUGCAGUGUGCUGCUUCCUCAGUGUGGUCGUGGAGUGGGCUGCCAGAGCACGUGGAGGCCGGGCCCCGCGGCCGGCGCCCACGACACGCAGGCCCGGCCCGGCGGUGGGGGCGAUCACAGAGCUAGCUGAGGGCCAGAGCUCUUCCUUGCUGUUGCCUCGCCUGCCUGACGUAGAGAAAGAAAAGCAAUAAUUUUACAGGCGUUUUUGAGGUGUCUCUUGGGGAUCUUUGACAGGAUAUUUGGAAAACAAAAGGGUCAAUUCUUUUCUAAUAAAUGCCCUCUGAAAAAGCCAAAGGAAUACAAAAUUGCGCCUUUCCCAAAAGCUAAGCUGGGCAAGGUCUCAUGACAAAAAUACUCACGACAAUCGCAGGAGUGAGGCGGAGAGCAGCCUCUCAGCAGAUUUCGACACGCAAGGUGCAGAUUUUACACUUUUGUCCUUGCUCCCAGUGAAGGGAAAAACAAAACCCGAAUCAGACGGCCCACUGCGCGGAACGCUGUUGUGCCGGCCAGCCUGGACGCCCACCUCGACUGUUAGAGAGCUGUCCCCGGCUCUGAGCUGUCCCCGGCUCUGAGCUGUUCCGCGACACCGACGAUGCAUGCGCUGACCUCUGCCGCCGCCUCCCGCGCCCCCAGCCUGAGUCCCGCGUGCGCUUCUCCCGCACCCCGUGUGUUAGCCUAGGUGAACCCGUGUACAUAGAGCGAGACGCUGGCUCCUGCAUCUGUGGCGUUUGCGUAGCGUGCAGCCCUGUGCCGCUGGACUCGCAGGCUUUUGUAACGAUGCGAUCCUUCCUGACGCACUCCUGAGAAGUACCCAGUGUAUUUUAGCUACUUUAGUAGUAUUUGUUCAAUAAACAUGCAAGCUGUAAGGUGACCGUCUGACUGGGCUCGUCACUGGGGAGGCCUGCCUUUGAGUGCCGUCGUGGGUCUGUGCUCCUUGCGUUCCCAGAGCCCCACAGUCGGGCUGAUAAACCCAAGGGCAGAUAGCAAAAGACAGGAGAGCCAGGCCUGCCUUUCCUGCGUUUCCCCUCUUCACGGGUUUUGUGAGGCGAGGGGCGGGGCCUUGGCUCUGUGUUUGCAGACACGUGAGAGAAUUAGACCAGGAACCUUCCCUGGUUCACAUCUUCUCCCUCAGAGCCUCCCGCACAGCUUGCGCAUGGUCUGUCUCCCUCCUGGUGUUGAGACCUGUCCAGAACUCCGUCUACACCCGGGACGCUGCGCGUGCGCCACUGUAAGAGCCACCUGAGUCUUAGGCAGCCCACCCCCUGCCGUCAAACCUCGCCUGGCCUUUCCUGUUCAACAACGGUGCUUUUUCGCAGGCAGAGACUUAAAACUCUGUGAGAGAAGGAAAACUCGAGACAGGGUCUGAAGUCGCCACGACUUCCCCGGUGUGCACCCAGCUGUGCCAGCCGAGCCCUCGCGGGACCAGAGACGCAGCCAUGCUGUGCGGCUCAUCGGUGGUGCUCCCCCUGCCGGCUGGUCCCCCUGCAGGCUGCUGUGUUGGCUGGUUGGCUUUAGAUUUGGGUUUCCCCCGAAUCAGGACCCAGGGACAGACCUCUUGCGAUGAGAGCCCGAGAAGCAAGGGAGAGGAGCCGAUGGUCACGUGGCUCCACGGGGGCUGCUCGGGCUGCGGGGUGGGCACCAGCCGCCCUCUGAGAGUUCUGGGCCUUGAUGACGUGGGCGUCGGGAGGGGGUUUCAGCUGGGGGUUGCUGAGUUUAGCUUGGGAUCAGUGCCCAUCUCAGACCUCGCCUGCGUUCCCUGUAGGUCCUCAACUUGGAGUCUCAGCAAGACAGAGGAGGCGAACCCCAGCCGCUGUCAGGGCAUCAGUGUGUUUGGCCUGAAGCAAGGUCGUAGGGUGGGAAUCGCAGCCCGAGGCUUUUCCCGUGGGUCCAGGGGAACUCCAAAUCUGACCACUUUGCACCUCACGGACCAUCCCCGCUUCCUCACCUGAUAGGCUCCCGUUCCUGUGAGGGGCACCUUGCCUGCUCGGCAUCGCCGCACUGGGAGGGGAAGGCUGUGGGGGUGAUGCAGCUGGGGUUGCUUUGUGCCUGUCUCUGUUUUGGAGCUGUUGCCGCACAACCAAGUACACUGCCCUUUGCAUCCUGAGACGACAGACGUGGCUCACGGAUUCUGUGGGAGAGGGUCGGGUCAGUCAUCUGGAGACGCGCCCGUGCGUGGCACACUGCAGCGGCUGCUGCCUGGGUGUCUGUCCCUGCUCCCGGGCCUCUCCCAGAGUUCUAGAGUGUGUCCAGGAAGUCUGCCCAGGGUUCCACAGCCUCCAUUUACAGGUCUCGGUGCUGUCACUCCACAGGGUGCUCAGAGAAUGCACCUGGAGGCUGUAGAGACCGAGUGGGGACCACGGAUGUGCACAGCGCCAUUCAGCUCUGAGCGGUGGGUUCUCCGCGAAGGUCGAGCAUGAGGGGGCUGACCCCACACUUCCCUGACACCUGCAGGACCCCUGAGGUCGGCCUGGCCUUGCUGAGGGUUAGUGACCACUCGGCAGAGCGGAGAAGUGGAGACUGCCGUCAGCAGGAGACCAGACCUCGAGUGGAGGCUGCCUCGCCCUCACUGGAGACAAUGGCGUUGGCUGGAGAUGGCUAGUUCCAGACCAGCUGUAACUCGGGGGCUGGUCCGUUUUACCCACGUGCGUUGCCCUUUGUUGAUGCAGUUGCCAACACUGGCAAGUGGGAAGAUGCCACGUGAAAACCCAGGGGGACCCGUGGAAGAUGGAGCCGAGAUGGGCCUGAGCCGCUUGUGCUGUGGGGGGAGGCUCGGCUGCUGGGUGGCCCGACGUCACCGCGUCUCCUCACUCCCUCUGCCUCCCUGUGAGGACGAGGGGGCGCUGAAGCAGCGCUCUGCUCCGGGGAUCGGCCGUGCACCUGUGGCACCCACCAGGGGCCAGGGGCUGGCCUCUGGUACUCUCAUUGCCUGAUAGCCCAGCAUCUACAGGACAGGGCCGGAACAGGGGCCCCAGUGCCGAUCCCCAGACCCGGCACUGCAGCUCCAGCCGUGCCUCUGCGGGCCCUCUUGGGAACUCUGCCAUGGUCCUCGCCGUGAGAUCUCACGGGAAAAACAUCUUAGAUGGUGUCGGGUUGGGCCAUGUGUGGGCGUAUGGAUCAGUGCUUCUCAGACGUGGGCAUGAGAACCUGCAGGUGUGUGAUGGCCCGGGAGUGCGCGCUCACUGGGUGUUUUAGGGAAAUUGAUUUCUAGACCCUCUGCGUGUUCUCGUCUCUGCUGCGGCUGAGUCUGUGUCCCCUGCUGACCGCCCAUACCUCACCCCUCCUACACGUUGAGAGGAAUCAUGACCACUGACGUGACACUGACCCAGACGUGGCCGACCACAGCCCCUCGAGGCUUUACUGUCACACGUCACAGGCGAUAGGAUGUCGGAUGAAGAAGGAGUCUGGAUUCCGUGUGGACCUCCAGGCGUCAGCUCUAGGGUGAGGUGGAGUGACGGGAGGAACGGCGGUUCUCACGCGACGCCUCUGCUCUUCCUCCUCCCAACUCCCGACAAAGAAGGCCUUGCUGUGGCGGGCAGUGCCGAGCAAAGAGGAGAUGGUGGGAGACACCACGCACCCCAGUGGCUUCUUCCCAUUGGCAUGCGUGGCUGCGAGCCCAGAGGAUGUGUCUGGACCAGGGAGAGAGCGACGUGGCCACAGCCGAGGCAGGGGAAGUCUGCAUGCUGGGGGUCGUGAGUAAUACACGUUUAUUGUCGAGUAUCGGCUCACACAGUGAUGGGAGCUGAGAAGCCCCAGGCCUGGCCCCUGUGAGCUGGAGGCCCAGGAGAGCCGGACUGUGCCUCAGGGGGCUGGGGGCCGACUGUGCACGCCCCAGUCCACGCCCCAGGCUGAGCAGCCUACGGGCCAAGCACAGAGGAGCAGUGCAGCAGCUCAGGUGGCCCAGCUACGAUGAAAAAAACCUCCUCCUCUUUGUUCUAGUCAGACCUCUGGGUGCACUGAGCCACUGUGCUGGGCAUGUCUUGCCCCUCACUAACUCACACACUCACCUCUCCUACAGACGGCCUCACAGACACACCCAGACAGUGUUUAAUCAGCGGCCGAGUCGGCACGUGGAGCUGACCGUCACUCCUUCCCUCGUCAGCCGGCUCUCAGAAAGUCUCCGCCAUCCUGUUGACCUGAGAACUGAAUGGAUAGAGUUGUGUGGUGUCUGUGAGAGAAACUAUGUUAAUACAGCAGAAAUCCUGGAACCAAAAACUGGGGUCUCAUGGCGCAGUCUCAGAAAUCAGGGGUGGGAGGGGAGGGACAUGGGGCAGCGUGACAGGGCCCUGUGGUCCCCCCAGCCUGCCGUGUGUCCUCCCCAGCCUCUCCUGUGUCCUCCCCAGCUUCUCCUGUGUCCUCCCCAGCCUGCCCUGAGUCCUCCCCAGCCUGCCUUGUGUCCUCCCCAGCCUGCCCUGAGUCCUCCCCAGCCUGCCCUGUGUCCUCCCCAGCCUGCCCUGUGUCCUCCCCAGCCUGCCCCGUGCCCUCCCCAGCCUCUCCUGAGUCCUCCCCAGCCUGCCCUGUGUCCUCCUCAGCCUGCCCUGUGUCCUCCCCAGCAUGCCCUGUGUCCUCCCCAGCCUCUCCUGAGUCCUCCCCAGCCUGCCCCGUGUCCUCCCCAGCCUGCUUGUACUCCCCCCCCAACCUGCCCUGUGUCCUCCCCAGCCUCUCCUGAGUCCUCCCCAGCCUGCCCUGAGUCCUCCCCAGCCUGCCCCGUGUCCUCCCCAGCCUGCCCAGUGCUCCUCCCCAGCCUGCCCCGUGUCCUCCCCAGCAUGCCCCGAGUCCUCCCCAGCCUGCCCCGUGUCCUCCCCAGCCUGCCCUGUGUCCUCCCCAGCCUUCCCUGUGCUCCUCCCCAGCCUGCCCUGUGUCCUCCCCAGCCUGCCCUGUGCUCCUCCCCAGCCUGCCUUGUGUCCUCCCCAGCCUGCCCUGUGUCCUCCCCAGCAUGCCCUGUGCUCCUCCCCAGCCUGCCUUGUGUCCUCCCCAGCCUGCCCUGUGUCCUCCCCAGCCUGCCCUGAGUCCUCCCCCAGCCUGCCCCGUGUCCUCCCCAGCCUGCCCCGUGUCCCCCACAGCCUGCCCCGUGUCCCCCCCAGCCUGCCCUGUGUCCCCCCCAGCCUGCCUUGUGUCCUCCCCAGCCUGCCCUGAGUCCUCCCCAGCCUGCCCUGUGCUCCUCCCCAGCUUGCCUUGUGCGCCCUCAGCCUGCCUUGUGUCCUCCCCAGCCUGCCCUGUGCCCCCCCAGCCUGCUUGUACUCCCCCCUAACCUGCCCUGAGCUCCUCCCCCAACCUGCCCUGUGACAGGAGCCACCACGGCAGACACGCUUGCUCCCCCUGGACUCACACACACUGCCAGGGCAUAGUUAUCAGCAGGAUGUGCACACCCGCUGGUGGGGACGCCGUCUCUGUGUGGGUCUCCAGGGACCUUCUGGUGGGGUGGCUGUCCCCUCUCCACAACACAUGACCCCUCCCCAUGCUGUGCGGCAAACUGAGGCAUAAGACGGCCACUGCCAGGUGCACCCAGAAAAACUGCGGUGCCUUGGUUCAUCGGCUGAAAAUGCGUGACCGUGACCUUUCUGGAGGAUGGAGUUGAAGGGACAAUUGUUCUUGGAAGGAGGGAACGGCCGCUCAGGGAGGGGUGUACAGAUGGAGGACGCUGUGGGGAGCGUUGAGGGAAGCGGGGAGUGGCAGGUCUGUAGCAACAAUCGCAUCCGCAGCCUUGGGGGCGGGAGCGCCAGGGCAGCUCUGGAUGGUGGAACUGGAAGGGGCCGGAAGGAGGCAGGAGAAGCUGCAGGCUGGUGCGCUGUGUGUCUCCUGUGGUAGGGCCUUUGGGAAGUGAGGAAUGAAAGGGCAGCAUCCAGGCCCUGCAUCCAACUGCUCCUGUAAGCAGACGGAGGACACAAACGGGGUCAGGUCGGAAGCGGUGCUGCAGGCUGGGAGGGGGGCAGCGGGGCGUGAAAGGUGCGACAGCCCAUACAAGUGUCGGGUGGAAAGCCGGGCUGGCCUGGGCAGUUAGAUAAACCCUGGGGGCUUGGGUUCGGCCAUCCUAGUCCCACAGACAGAAACUGGGGAGGGUCUCCGGUCAGGGUGAACGCCACGUUCACUUUGCGCACGGAGAGAAACAGGACCGGAACUUUUGGGGAAGCUGCGAAGGAGUCACCAACAGGCCCAAGGCAGGGCUUCAGGGAAGGAUGGUGACUGCUGGCCUCGGUCUGCCCAGGUAAGCCGUCUUAGGAUCGUGAGGUCUUUGGGGUGACUGGGGUCCUGUGCAGUCCAUUCCAAGGGCACACAGUCGAACCACGGGAACUGGGCAGUGCACGUGACUGGCACCUUCAAGGACUUGGUGGAAAAUGAGACUUGGAACUGACAAGGCUGCCUGCUCCCAGGGUAGAGAAGCAGAGGUCGUAUCGGGGAGGAGGUAGAUAAAAUAGUGCAGAGAAUGGAUUUCCCGGGGUGGACGGAGGACACAUUUAAAUGCACGUCAGUGACGACAGGAACAUCUGAAGGUCAGUCACGAAUUCACAGCGGACGGGGUCCCCAAGCAGCGGAAGCUGGACAGAAGCUGCCGCGUCCGUCACAGCAGGGAGUCGUGGAGCUGGAGUUCCGUGCCGAAGCUUCCAUGACGUGAGGAGAAUGGAGGCUCAGCGAGCCGAUGGCUUUAGGCAGAGCAGUCGAGGGUGGCGGAGGAGGCGGAGAAACGAACCAGCCUCCGGGAGGAAGGAGCUCACCAUCAUGUCUGUGCCGGGAUCACAUCAGCCAGCACCAGGAAGGCCGCUUGACAAACCCCAAACCAUCCAUGAGAAGACGUCUAAGAAAAAUAGGCAUGGGGGAGCUUCCUCAGCUUGGUAGAACUCACACACAGAACCUCCCGGGUGACGCAGUCCUUGAUGGUGACACUGAAUGCUUCCCUCCAAGAGCGGGAACAGGAGGAUGUCUGCGCUCAGUGCUUACGCCGUGCAGCGCCACUGCAGUAAGGCAUUGUGGGACAGGCAAACAAAAGGCCUGUGGAUCUGAAAGGAGAAACGAAAUCUGUCCUGAUUUGCAUACGACACAAUUGUCUAUGUAGAAAAUCCCAAGGGAUCGACACAGACAUUCCUGUGACUAAUGAGUUUAGCUGGGUUGCAAGAGAUAAGAUAAAUAUACAAAACACCAUUUUUAUAUCUAUCCUGGCAGUGAAGCCCAUGUACAUCAAAACUAAAACUCAAGUAUGUGAUCACUCAAAGUAAGUGGAACUACCUAGGGGUGACGUGACAAAACGUGGAAGGAUUGUGUGAGGACGACUGCAGGAUGCCAGUGAAGCAACCAAGGGGCGUUACCAAGGUGGAGACACCGCGCUCACAGACUGGAUGACCCAGCACGGAAGACACGUUGGUUCUCCCCGGUGAGUCUAUACAUGAACACAAGUUCUGUCAAAAUCCCAGUGAGUCUUGUUAUGGAUAAGGCAGACUAUCCUAAAAGUGUAGGAAAGGCAAAGGAGCUGAUGGGGCUAAAGCGACUUUGAAAAACUGUGAAGUUGGAGGACUCCAUUAAAUUUUGAGACUUAAUGUAGGGACUGGCACUGUGGAGUAGCGGGUAAAGCCACUUCCUGCAGUGCUGGCAACCCAUAUGAGCGCCAGUUUGAGUCCUGGCUGCUCCACUUCCAAUCCAGCUCUGCUAUGGCUGGGAGAUAAAUAGAUGGCCCAAGUGCUUGGGCCCCUGCACCCAUGUGGAAGGCCCAGAAGAAGCUCCUGGCUCCUGGCUUCGGAUUGGCCCAGCUCCAGCCGUUGUAGCCAUUUGGGGAGUGAACCAGUGGAUGGAAGACCUCUCUCUCUCUCUCUCUCUCUCUCUCUCUGCCUCUGCCUCUGCCUCUGCCUCUAUAACUCUGCCUUUCAAUUAAAAUAAAUAAAAAUCUUUUAAAAAAGACUCACUAUAUACUACAAUAACCAAGAGUGUGAUCUUAGCAGAAACAUAGACCCAGGUCAGGGGACCACUGGAGAAACCAAAGCAGACACACGGAUACGCCCGGUCGGUGUUUGUGCAGACAGAGGCUCUGCAGGAGGAAAGGAACCCUUUCCAGCCGAGCGUCCUGGGCACCUGGACACCCACAGCAAAGAGAAGGAAGCUGCACCUGCCUGGUGCCUUCCAUGCGUAUUGACUCAACAUGGUGACAGCCUUUGUGUGCGACGCGAAAACUGUGAAUGUUUUAGUGAAACACACAGGCGGAUAUUCAGAAUCUGUGGCUCGGAGAAGAGUUCAUAGACCUGACACCGAAAGCACAGCCCAUGGAAGGAGCAGCUGAUAACCUGAAGUUUAUGAAAAUUCGGUGAGAAGUUGAUUAAAAUUUGAUGAAAGACUCAUGAAGAGGAGGAAAGGAUAAGAUAUGGACUGGGCAGAUACACUGACAAACGGCACACUUAGAGAGUAAUACCACCUGGAAUACGGGGUGCCUGCUCCAGACCAUGGCAGUAAAGCCAAUGCGCACAUCACCGUGAACUGAGCACACCUGUUUUGGUUUGUUGUUAAUUUGCAUUAUUCUGUAGCCUGAAGUGUGAAACAGCACAAUGAACAUUAAUUUAAAAAUAUCACGAAAAGCAUGAAGAGGCAAUCGAUCCCUUCAGUGAGCCCACCCUGGGGGUGGGGUCCUGCCGCGCUGGUGGCCCAGGGCUGUGGCUCUGAGAACAAGGACUUUGCCACGCCGAUGGGCUCUUAAGGCUCCUCUGCCCCACGCCACGCUGUGUGGCAGUGUCUCACCUGACAAGAGCUGUGUCCUCUCGCAGCCUGCCCCGUGCUGCUGGGCCCCGAGUUCCCGCCCUGCUCUGAGUUCUUGGACGGUGCCCACCGGCUCUUCACCGGGGCGGACUCCUUCUUGAGGAACCGCUUUCCUGGCUGGCGCAUGGGCAGCAGCCCCACCCCCAUGACAGCCACGCCCGAGACAGCCCCAGUGCAGCCCCCGCUGAAGGCGCCACUGCUUGCUGUGUCCACCGCAUCUGCACUCGCCUCCUCCCCUGCCGGCCGCCCCAGAGGCUUCAGUGUACUUGGCCCAGAGGAACCGCUGUCCAUGGCAACCAUGGCCUCACAACAUGUAAUUCCCUUUUGUAAAAGUAAUACUGGAAAACACUUAAAAAUCCACCUUAUGUGAAAUGCAGAGACAGAGAGAUGAGAGAUUUUCCACCCACUGAUUCACUCCCCAAAUGCUAGCAACAGCCAUGGGUAAGCCAGGCCAAAGCCAGAAGCUAGGAACUCAAUGCAGGUCUCCCAUGUGGGUGGCGGGGACCCAAGUAAUUGAAGCACCUGCUGCCUCCCAGGGUCUGCAUCAGCAGGAAGCUGGAAUUAGAAGUGGAGCCAGGACUUGAACCCAGACACUCCAACAUGGGAUGCAGGUGCCCCGAGAGCCAUCUGCACACCUAAUGUUAAGUAACAAGACUUGAAGGUCAGAAUGACUCCCUGGUCACUGGGCUGCAGCGUGGGUGUUGUGACUGCAGGCAUGAAAACACUGUUAAUCUCGUUGUGCACCCCCUCGGAGCUCCUGAGAGACGGGGGGCAUUAUCAAAGAGCAGUGAUAUUUUGAUUUUUUUCCUGAGACGUCGAUCUCUAUGCAGUGACCCACAUUGUGAACAGACGUGCUGUCAUCCAGGCUGUGUCCAUCAGAGACACCAGCGGAGGACGGUUAGUGAAAUUCUUAAGGGGCGUGGCAUUUUCAGAAUAGUAGGCAAGUCUGGCUUACCGUCACCCUAGGGAGUCAGCGAGUCCCUCCGGGAAGCUUCGAAGCCAAGCACGGUCCUCUCCUCGUCGGCCACGGAAGUCCUCGCCGGCUGCUGCUUCCAGGAGGCGGCUGUGCCGUCUAGGUUGAAUCUCUGUCUCUCGGAGGCUGCCUGCGCCAGGGACCCCGGCCCGGUCUCCUGUGCAGCCCGGGCAGCUUCAGUAUCCGCACACACUGCUGCCCCUGCGCGGUCCUGCUGCAGACGGGGCCUCCGAGGGCGGAGCCUGAGCAGCCGCUGUCUCACUUCUCCUCCGCAGCGUCCUCCCGCGCUCAGCAGCCGCAGGUUUGGAGAGUUAGGGCCCCACCUGGACUGGGUUGGGUUAGGGCGAUGCUGUGGCGGGUGUGCUCUCUGGCCUUCUCCACAUUACACACGCAGUGCGGCUUCGCAUCCUCACCCCGCCUGGGCUCACGCGGGCCACCCUUCUCAUCGCCUUCUGCUCCCGGUGUGGCACGGGAGGCCUGGCUGCCGGCCCCUCCAGGCUCAGCCGUGUCUGGCUGUUGACAUACAGCAGGAGACUUAGAGCAACUCCUCCUUCCGCUGGAACACCUAGAAGUCGUCGUAGGGUGGUUGAUGGCCUCCUUGCAGUAUUUUGGGGUCUCAGGGAACCGGGAGACCUGGGAGGAGGGCAAGACGGGACUGGCUGGUCUGUGGAGCCUUCGUAAUGUCUGUCGUCUGUGAAGCUCCCUGCCUCGUAUGGGUGAGUUCCAUGGGCCCCAGACCACCGCUCCAGCAACACCCGAGACCAGUGGUCCUAGAGCCCCAUGCACAUGUCAUGAGGAGGAUGUCUGAAACGCGGGGGUUGCUGGGAGUGACAGGUGUGGGGCGGCACCCGCUGCCGCAGGGCAUGCUCCACCCAGGGAGCUGCGGCCGUGUCCAUGAGGCGCGGUCACCUGGGACCCGCCCGCCUGCAGGGACUCCCGGAAGUCGUGCAGGCACUGUGCUCUGCUGGUAGCAACGAGGAGGGGCACGGCAUCUUUGCAAAGCACCCUGGUCACUUUCCAGAACCUUCUGACGUUGCAGUCCACUCUCGGGUGUACACACUGUAAGACUGACAACACGCGCACACAAAAGCUUGCCCCAGUGUUAACUCACAGCAGCCCCUCCAACAACUGACACGGUACAUUGAUGUAUCGCGUUACACUGCCAUAAAAAGGGAGUGCGGAGACACGGAGACACACCACAGCAUGCAGGAGGUGAGGGAAUCCAGUCACUAAGGCACGCGCUGCCUGAACAGGUCAUCCGUGGAGCUAGACAGAGGAUUCGGGGUGCCCUCCUGAGGGAGAAGGGGCUGUGAGUGAUUGCUCGUGGAUAUGGGGUUGCUUUUUGAGCGACAUCUUCCGGAAUAAUACAAGAGGUUCCCAAGAAGUUCCUGCAGAAUGAUGUGAAGCAUGAAAAAACAAGGUUUCAACUCUUUUGCACCGAAAUAAGCUUAUCUUUAAAUUCCAUUUUCCACACAUUUUUGAAGUGUGCUUAUACACUGUGCAAUGGCUCCACAACCCUCAGGAUAUGCUAAAAACGACUGGAUUACACACGCUAAAAGGGUGAAUUUUAUAUGUGAGUUGUAUCUCAAUUUUCAAAAGUUCAACAGUAAAAAAUACCAGACAACCCACCUGCAAGUGACAAAUCCAUGCAAUGACAUUUCACCAGGGAGAUUGUACAGACGCUGGGACGCCAGGGGUGGGGGGCUGCUUCGCGUCAUCGGUUGCUAGGGAAACGCUGGGUGGAGACAGGCGCACCACACCUGUCAGUGGGAGCAAAGGGAAAAGCAGCACCCGGUCCCGCUGCUGGCGAGGGUUGAGCACUGUGAGUGUGGCUGGUGGCUGGAAACCAUGUGGCAGUUUCAAAACACGGGGUCUGCCGCCAGCACUCAGCUCAGCUCGGCAGGUGCCCUCCUGGGGAAAGGACAAGCCGUGUUCACGUGGCGACCUAGCGCGAGUGCCCGGGGCAGCUCGAUGCACCCUUCACUGGGCUCAGCGCACCGCGGGCACCCACCCGUGAGCGCUCCCCGGCCCUGCCCGGGGCCUGCGCCUCGGGCACCAACCUGGAGACGCUCCGGAGAGGUGGGCGGAGUGAGGAAAAGCCAGACCCAGGUCGCACGCUGUGUGUCUGUGAGCCGGACGGCACGACUGUUUCGGGGAAAAGACAAAACUGUACAGAUAAGCAGCAGGUUUGUGGUUGCUGGGGGCUGAAGAGGGGGUGCAGGCGGGUGGGAAGCCACGCCCAGAGGGCUCCCUGGGGAGGGGCGGGGUCCGAAUCCCAGCGGGACAUCCUCAGGAACAAGGAUGGAGAGCACGUGGCCCUGUGCCUUCUGCCUCACAUGCUGCACUCUGCAAGCACCACACAGCGCGGCACCUCAGACGCCCACGGGAACAGCCUGCAGAGCGCAGGGACUCGGCCGCGCUGUCCACCGCUCAGGGCGGUGCCUGCUCCUGGCGCCCCGGGAAUGCCGGGACGGGCCUCUGUGUCCCCCGGGCUUCCCAGGAUCUGCUUUUCCGGAGGGCGGGGCCGUGUGGCGCCGCCCCAGGGCAGUGGCUGGCUUGCUGCUUUUCUGCAGAGUUCACAGUCGUUUGUACCCUUUUCUGACCAGUCAGGGACCCAGGACCUCUGACUGCCCAGGCCUGAGGCAGUGGGCACGGGAAGCAUGAGGAGCUGGCUAAAAACUGACUGUAGUUUGUUAAGUUACAGGAAAAUCAUCAGACAGGUCUGGGUGUUGGUGUUCCUCGGCGAGGGGUUACAGAGAAGCCGGGGGUGAGCAGACCCCGGGCGCGGUCCGAGGGGUCCAGGUGUGUCUCGGGCUGCGUGCGGGUCAGGGGGCGAGUUUUGCACAGUCAGCUGCUCUUGGGAGAACACGGCUGGGUGUGGCCCUUCCCAGAGAGACAGGAGCAGGGAGCUGGGAAACACAGCCAGGCGCAGGCACGGGGCCCGCUUGUCUCAGACAGACCUGCCGGCAACACAGACAGGGCCCGGGGCUGUUGGAGGGUGAGUGACGGAGGGCAGUUGGGGGAUGUGAAGUGUCUGCGUGGCCAGCGUGUGCCCGCUCAGUGCGGGCAGAGCGGAGAGUGGCCUGCGCUGUGUUGAACAGGCACCUGGAGGCAGCUGAAGCGCCUUUUGCCGGUUUUCAGGGAAGGGUCUGGGGUUAGGUGUGAAAACGGUGAUUUCCGUAGCCCAGGGGUCCCAGCCGCAGUGCUGCAAGCCACCAGGGCUGUGUGGAUGCACACGCAUGGUCAGGGUCUGUGUGCACCCCGCGAGGGAAGCAGCCGAUGCCUUGUGGCCGGGAGGCCCCUCACAGAGCCUCCUCCUGUGGCGAGCGUCUCGGGGAGGCUCGGCGUGGGCCGCCCCGGAGAACUCACUGCAGCAGGGACAGCCCUCUGCGUCUCCAGGCUGACCCGCCAGGAUGUUCUUCCUGGGGCCGGGCUCACCGCUUUCCCGUUCCUGGCCUCCAGGGCACAUCCCCGCCGUUCACAGGAGGGAAUGGAAGGCGAAAGAGAGGUGGCACUUUCCCAAGCCCGCCUAUGGGCACGGCCGGCCCCCGAAGCCAGGCCCUCCUGUCUCAGGCAUGAACUUCUGUCCCACCGGGCAGCCCUGAGUCCUUGCGAGGGUUCCGAAGGUUGGGGCCCAAGCUGUGCUGGGAGACUUGGAGACUUCUGCGCUGAGACAUUGUCAUGUCUGCCGCUGGCGCUUGCUCUGUGGCCAGGACGGAGAACCCUCGGGGUGUUGGGGUCCGAGGGCUGCGUGGGGUUGCCCGGUUGGCACAUGCUUGCUACACCAAUGCCCUAACCCUAACCCUAACCCUAACCCUAACCCUAACCCUAACCCUAACCCUAACCCUAAGUGCUAUGCAGUCUAGGGGCAGGGGGCUGCUCCUGCCGCAAAGUGUCAGGGACUCCAGGCCAUGACUGUUAUCUGCCGGUAUCCACCACUGUGUACAGGGAAGCAAACAAAGCAAACCCUGACCUUGGGGGCAGAGACAGCGGCCAUGGGUGGUGAGGACAGGUUUCUAGGAGUGAGCGUGGGCACCAGGUGACCAGGGAGAGUAGCACAAAGGGGCGAUGCUUCCCCUCUGCGGCCACAGAAUGCCUGGCGUGUGGCAGAAUCCCACCCUGUGACCUCCAGCAGAGCUCCGCAGCCCCCCCCCCCACAGCCACCUGCACACACGCUGCGGGUCCUGCACACACACUGCGGGUCCUGCACACACACUGUGGGUCCUGCACACACGCUAUGGGCCCUGCACACAUGCUGUGGGUCCUGCACACACACUGUGGGUCCUGCACACACGCUGCGGUUCCUGCACACACACUGCGGGUCCUGCACACACACUGCGGGUCCUGCACACACACUAUGGGCCCUACACACAUGCACACACACUGCGGGUCCUGCACACACUCUGCGGGUCCUGCACACAUGCUGCGGGUCCUGCACACAUGCACACACGCUGCGGGUCCUGCACACAUGCUGCGGAUCCUACACACACACUGCAGGUCCUGCACGCACGUUGCGGGUCCUACACACAUGCACACACACUGCAGGUCCUGCACACACACUGUGGGUCCUGCACACACGCUGCGGGUCCUGCACACACACUGCAGGUCCUGCACGCACGUUGCGGGUCCUACACACAUGCACACACACUGCAGGUCCUGCACACACACUGUGCGUCCUGCACACACGCUAUGGGCCCUGCACACAUGCUGUGGGUCCUGCACACACGCUGCAGGUCCUGCACACACACUAUGGGCCCUACACACAUGCACACACACUGCGGGUCCUGCACACACUCUGCGGGUCCUGCACACAUGCUGCGGGUCCUGCACACAUGCACACACGCUGGGGGUCCUGCACACAUGCUGCGGAUCCUACACACACACUGCAGGUCCUGCACGCAUGUUGCGGGUCCUACACACAUGCACACACACUGCAGGUCCUGCACACACACUGCGGGUCCUGCACACACACUGUGGGUCCUGCACACAUGCUGCGGGUCCUGCACACACUCUACGGGUCCUGCACACACACUGCGGGUCCUGCACACACGCUGCGGGUCCUGCACACACACUAUGGGCCCUACACACAUGCACACACACUGCGGGUCCUGCACACACACUGCGGGUCCUGCACACACUCUGCGGGUCCUGCACACACGCUGCGGGUCCUGCACACAUGCACACACGCUGGGGGUCCUGCACACAUGCUGCGGAUCCUACACACACACUGCAGGUCCUGCACGCACGUUGCGGGUCCUACACACAUGCACACACACUGCAGGUCCUGCACACACACUGUGGGUCCUGCACACAUGCUGCGGGUCCUGCACACACACUGUGGGUCCUGCACACAUGCUGCGGGUCCUGCACACACUCUACGGGUCCUGCACACACACUGUGGGUCCUGCACACACGCUGUGGGUCCUGCACACACGCUGCGGGUCCUGCACACACACUGCGGGUCCUGCACACACACUGUGGGUCCUGCACACACGCUGCGGGUCCUGCACACACACUGCGGGUCCUGCACACACACUGUGGGUCCUGCACACACGCUGCGGGUCCUGCACACACGCUGUGGGCCCUGCACACACCCGCAGCGUGUGUGAAGGACACUGGCUCCACUUCCCUGGUGCAAGAGGUCCCAGUCCUCAAAAACACAGGCACUCUGGCCGCCACCUGGGGUGAGCAGGUAGCAUUUGCCUUCCACCCGGGGACAGUCACGCGGAAGGGGCCAACGAGGAGAGGAUGAUGGGGAUUUUUAUCCCCCAACAGGCCAGGUCCUUCCCUGAAGGCUACGUCAUCAGCUCAGCACUGCAGGUGAGUGAGAGGGUGUGGGUGGGAGGUGGGAGUGGCUGGCGCUCCUGAGGGCGGGCCCCAGAGCGGGGAAGAGGCUUCCUGCAGCUCGUUACAUUGUCUGGUGCGUUGCACCUCGUAAUCCGACUGCCUGGACCCCGUCCUUUACCUGGCCCUGAGCUUGGCUUCACUGGUGAGAGGGCUGUGACGGGAGACUGUGCCGAGUGGAAGUACCCAGCGAGGCUUCCGGGCUCCCUGCUGCACAAACCACUGCCUGCAGGAUUCCACCGCCAGAGAAAUGGCGGUCUGACAGGCUGAGCAAGCAGGCCUUGCUCCCCGCGGCAGAGGCGGAGGGUACAGGUGGGGCCCUGUGGCUCUAUCACAAGGAGUGCCCUGAUCUAAAGCAGUGGAAAUGUGCUCACUGGAAGGUCCACAGAAGCCUUUCAGUUAGAAAACCGUGGCUGCGAAUCCACUGGGCGCAUCUCCAUGGCCUCGUGCGGGACUCAACGUUGAGCCCCUUAGGGAAGGGUGAGGGGGUGUCUGCCACCCACCACCCACUCUCGCACAUGAGCCACCGAGCUACCCAUAAGCCCUAUCUCAAGUCCAGGGAGAGUUUUUUUUAAUCAUUUAAAUUUUUUUAGAGUUUUACAUGUAUUUGCAUAUUGACUUUUUUCAUCUAGAAUCACAUACAAAAAUAUCUGUGAUCUCCUCCCACUUCUCUGUAUCCAAACGCAAUUCAAGGAGCCGGCAGGUGUAAAGAAUUCUACAUUUACUAGAUUCCAGGAUAUAGGAGGAAAAACGAUCUACUGGGACGCAGAGGCUUAAAGGAAAAAGAGAAAUCGUAUUAAAACCUUCCUAAGUGGCACGGAUGGAACUAUUUUAAAAGAAAUGUAAGCCGGCACCGUGGCUCACUAGGCUAAUCCUCCGCCUUGUGGCGCCGGCACACCGGGUUCUAGUCCUGGUCGGGGCACCAAAUUCUGUCCCGGUUGCCCCUCUUCCAGGCCAGCUCUCUGCUGUGGCCAGGGAGUGCAGUGGAGGAUGGCCCAAGUACUUGGGCCCUGCACCCCAUGGGAGACCAGGAUAAGUACCUGGCUCCUGCCAUCGGAUCAGCGUGGUGCACCGGCCUCAGCGCGCUGUCCGCGGCGGCCAUUGGAGGGUGAACCAACGGCAAAGGAAGACCUUUCUCUCUGUCUCUCUCACUGUCCACUCUGCCUGUCAAAAAGAAAAAAAAAAAAUGUAAGCCAUGAGCUAAGUCAGUCCACUGUCGGAACGUCCUCUGGUUCCAUGGUGUCCACAAUCCAGUGUUCAGUCCAACCUCCAGAAAGUACGCCCAGCCCUGCCCCUCACCCUGGGCGUCCCCAGGUCCCCAGGUCUCCCGUGCAGCUGCGGCCACACCGAGAGACCCCUGCAGAGCCAGCGCGAGGGCCCCUGUCCCACAGCUGCCGCGGUGGCGAGGUGGAAAGGGCGGUGACCACAAAGCAGCUGCCUUCGGGAAGCCGCCCGGCGGGGCCCCUGCCUCCUGCGCCGCUCGCUCGCGGCUUCCCCUGCAGGGCGAAUCCUGGUUUUGGUCUCAUGAAGGCCCUCGAGGGACCUCCCUCUGCAGAGUUCAAACACAACGGUCUGUAUCGUCUUUCUCCCUCCCUUUUUCCAACCAUAAAAGCCGAACGUAAUGGAAAACCACGUACAGUGUUCAAAGAGGGGGACAGUGUCCCCCCACGGCCUGGCCCCGGCGUCCCCCGAUCGUCCUGCCUCGUCUACACCGGCACUGAGCUGCUUUCCGAUGUCAAAUGCUGCGGACUGCAGGCAGCGCCGUUCCCACGCAGGUCCGCGCAUCUUCCUCUUACUCCGAAUGUCUGCCUAGCGCUCUGGUCGCUGCCUGCGCCCUGACGCAGUUAACUCGGACCGCACGGACGACUUCCAGCCCGCUUCCCGUCCCUCGCCGCGAUUGCAUGAAUCUUGGAAAUCACCCCAAAGCAGCGCGGGGUCGCCGGCAACACGUGUGCCCUCGUUCCCUGAUUCCCGUUCAUCCCCAAACCACUCAUGCACUGCUGCGUGCGGGGCCUGAGCCAGACGGGGACAGCGCUGUGGCCGCACUGCGGGCUGCCAGCCGCGUCCGCCCUGGGGCCCACCUAGUGCGUGAUCCGCACCUGCUCCUCUCCGCAUCCUUUUCCCGUGCCUGCCUGUGUGCCAAGAAUAAAAGGCAGGGGAGACCGGUGCACCCUCAGCACCCUCGCUGGGAGGGGACUCAGACAGGUGCCGGGCGGUCCCUGGCGCUCGAGGGCGGGGCCGUGAAUACUGGAAACAGCAGACAGCGCCUGCUGGGGCGGUGGGCAGACCAACACUGCCCUCUGAGACGCUGGGGUGGGGGGGCUGCAGCAGCCAGGUCGUCUGCACCGCCCGCCCACCAGCCCCUCCCCCCAGACGGCAAGGUCCAAGGGUCGCCCUGAGGGUCUGCCUGUGUGUUGGACGGAGGGGUUCUCCGAGCUGAAGCACACACACCGUGGUGGUGUCUCCCCGUGGAGGCGUCGGAACCUUGGCUGGGCUUAUGGAAGCAAAGGACAGGGGUUGGAAACAGGAGUGGUGCCAGAGAACCUGGCCGGUGAAGCACCGCCCUCAGGGCCCCGCGCGGGGUCCCCCGGGAGUCAGGCCCGCGGGAAACAGCGUCUGGACACCCACACGGCUGUGGGGACGCCUUCUGGUUCUGGGCCCACUCCCUGCCUUCGCCCAGCCUGUUCCCUCCUCAGACCAGAGAGCCUUGGUGACUGACAGUGACAGCGCAGGCCCUCGCUCCACACCCCCAGCCACCGUCAACCCUUCCCGGGAAUUUGGGGAGCCUCUCCAUGGAUAAAAGCGAAACCUUGCCUGGUUAUCAGAAGCGAGGCUUAGGAUGCGGAGGAAACUCAGAGCUGGCGGAAAGCCAAGGGCACGGGAAGGGGGGCCGGGAGGAGAGGGGACCCUCUAGUUAGACACGCCUACGGUGCUCCCUGGGGGAGGGAGCACAACAGAGAGCGGUGACUACAGAAAAACCAGCGAACUUGUCACCAGCCUGAAAUCAAGGGGAAAACUGCAAAACUGCAUUUUGAACAAAACUUGGACCCACCAUGUUGACUUCGAAUACAUCUCUGAAGUGUGAGAUACGCCAGGCAAAUCAGCGUCUACGUGACGUUCCCUGCCUAUCAUAGAGCCGUUAUGUGAAGCAGAGCUUCUUCCCCCAAGAAACCCGUUGUUUAAGAAAUGCAAACUUCAUGCAUUUCGCAAGUACAACUUUAGGAAUAUAGUGAUUCUUCCCAACCACACUCCUACCCCACCUCCUCCCUCUCCCAUUCCCAGUCCCAUUCUCCACUAAGAUCCACUUUCAAUUAACUUUAUCCACAGAAGACUAACUCUAUACUAAGAGUUCAACAGUUCACACACACACACACACACACACACACACUGUUCCUCAAUAGUCAGACAAGGGCUGUUAAUUUCCCUUUUUUUAGAAACUUAAUUACCUUUAAAGACACACCCAAGAAUGAUACAUGUUUUGGGAGCACUUAGUCAUAACUAACUUACCAGACAUAAGAAUAUCCUCCACUUAAUACAUUAAAAGAAAGUCGUCCUUGAGAAUGAGUUUUGUCAUUAAUUAGGGAAACACCUAAGAAAACAAGCAAUGGGGGCAGGCACUGUGGCGGGUAAAGCUGCUGCCUGAAGCGCCAGCAUCCCAUAUGGGCGCUGGUUCGAGUCCCAGCUGCUCCACUUCCAAUCCAGCUCUCUGCUAUGGCCUGGGAAAGCAAUGGAAGUUGGCCCAGUUCCUUGGGCCCCAGCACCCAUGUGGGAGACCCAGAGUAAGCUCCUGGCUCCUGGUUUAAAAUCAGUAUAGAUCUGACCGUUGCAGCCAUCUGAGGAGUGAACCAGUGGAUGGAAGACCUCUCUCUCUGCCUCUCCUCUCUCUGUGUAACUCUGACUUUCAAGUAAAUAAAAAUUAAUCUUUAAAAAAAGAAAACAAGCAAUGGAAUUGGACACUUAGGCAUAACUAAGACUUUUGAGACAAGAAUAUUCUCCACUUAAUACAAUAAAACAAAAUAAAUCUUUGAGAACAAAGUAUACUGUUAACUCUUAUAACACAACUCUUUGAGGACAGAGGUCCUGCAUGGGAAUUAGUGCACAGUGACUCCUGUUGCUGAUUUAACAACACUCUUAUGUAUGACGUCAGUGACCACCCGAGGCUCUUGACAUGAGCUGCCUAGGCUGUGGAAGCCUUCUGAGUCCACAGUCUCUGUCAGCAUUUAGACAAGGCCAUUGCAAAGUGGAAGGUCUCUCCUCCCUUCAGAGAAAAGCAGCUCCUUCUCUGAUGGCCCCUUCUUUCCACUGGGGUCUCAGCCACCGAGGUCCUUCAUGUAGGGAAGCUUUUGGCACAGGGUCCUGGCUUUCCAUGCCUGAAAUGCUCUCGUGGGCUUUUCAGUCAGACCAGAAUUUCUUAAGGGCUAUUGAAUCAGAAUUUUAUAAACACAUAACUAUGCCAUUUAUUUUACAUCAAAAGUCAACUUUUUUCUCUCCACAUUAAAUAAAUAUGAGCCAAAUAGUUAAAGAAUAGUACCUUUUGGGAAAUUCAGAUAUUGGCUUGUAGAUUGGGGUCUGUUUUGUCUUUCUUGUAUCUUCAGGCAUUUGUUGUGAGUUAGCCGUUUCCAUCAUAGUCAAAGUUUCCUCUGUUAAAGCCAGCAGUGAAACACAAACUUCCCUCAACACCAUGGCCUCUCCAGCGAGGGUCACUGUCACCUCAUUCUCCAAGACAUGGAUUGAUUUGCGAAGGUUGAACCAUCCCCACAUACUAGGGAUAUGUGGGGAUACCCAGUUGUUCCGAAUGAAUGAUCUUUCCUAUGUGUUGUUGGAUUUGAUUGGCUAGUAUUUUGUUGAGGAUUUUUGCAUCUGUGUUCAUCAGGGAUAUUGGCCUAUAGUUCUCUUUGUUGCAUCUUUUUCUGGUUCUGGAAUUAGGGUGAUGCUGGCCUCAUAAAAGGAGUAUGGGAGGCUUCCCUCUCUUUCAAUCGUUUCAAAUGGUUUGAGAAGAAGCGGAAUUAGUUCUUCUUUAAAAGCCUGCUAGACUUCAGCAGUGAAGCCAUUCAGGACAAACUUUUCAAUCAGCCGAAGCCCUCUGCAACCGGGAAUGCCAGCGGGAGCUCUGCUGCUCACGUGGUAGCUGGGGCCAGGGCCCACCCCUGCCCCUCCUCCCGCCCGCAGUUGGGUCCUAGUGCUCCCACCUGGAAAGUCCCCAGACCGUUCCUUCUCUCCUGAUUUCUCAGCGGAAGCUCUUGCUUUGCCUUCGCCUCUCGGAGAAGUUCCUGGUCCUUGUCUAACUUCUCUUCACAACAGCCUAGCAAGACAUGGCAGGCGAGGUGGACGCCUUCCAGUUGCCCGCCUUUGUUCAGUUCAGUGUCAGCCUGAAGAUGUGGCUGAAAUCCUCUCUCCAGAGGGGCUUCCGCCUUAGCCUUGGAAGGCUGACCAGGCCUCAGCGCUGCGUGGUCUGUGGUCAGUGACACACGAAACACUCCAGUCUGAGCGGUGUGGCAAGGGUGAAAGAAAUGGGGCUCGCCUCUGAAAUCUAACCAAUGACCACUAAUCACUUUCAAAUAUGGGGAAAGCCUCCUAGACAUAACGUAACAAUCCACCCACGAGCUUUGCAUGUUGAGAUGCUAGCCGUCGGUAAGCUCCUGUGAUAACUCACGGCACCUGUGGAAAUUUGACUUGACAUAAACAGAAUUUUCAGUGGUCUUCUGAAGAUAUUCAGAAAGCAUCUCAGGGGUGUGAGGUUGCAGCGGACGGCACUGCUUCAGUGAGACGCGCCUUGCAGGUAGAGGCGGCGCGUCCCGCUCCAGUGCACGGCUGCUGGAAGGAAAAGAGCGCAGACUAUCCGGGUGGCAGUGUCGCUGGCCGAGACCGCACGGCCCCCCAGCUGGCUGAGUGGGAAGUGAGGGCCUACUUGGUAUUGCAGAUUUACGGUGUCGUUACCAUGGCAGCCAUCUGGCUGCUGGCAGUGCCCAGAAAGUAUUGUUCCUGCAACAUAAAGUCCAUUGUCAAAACUUGUUGACUCUAUAAAAUUCAGUAACAAAGACGGUCAUGAUGAUGGGCUUGUUGUUGGACUAGAAGUUUCUUCUGUGAUGGGCUGGCAUUUACAUGGGCCCUGUCUUUGUUGAAGUGGACGUGUGCCCUUGACCAGUAAACUGUCUAACGUAGCCGGCUGGUACAGGUGAGCACCAGGUCCCCCGCCCUUCCCUCCUGGCGUGCUCUCUCCCGCCAGCCGGGAAAGAGACAGACACAGGAAACCCUUAGCUUUCCAGCUAGCUGGGCCAUGUGGUUCAUCUUACUGUCAGCCGGAGUCUCCACAAAGCCUGAGAAUUAGCAGUGAGAUCACGGCCAACUCGCGUCACCUAGAAGUGCGGUUCUGACUCCUCCUAGAGCCCCCAGCAGCUCCAUCCCCAGAGCACGGAGCCCGCGUGACGUCAGCGUGAGCUGGCUGGUCCGCAGGGGAAGUCGGUCCUGACUCAGAUGCUUACGCAAUAUCAAACACAAUACGAUCCAGAAUAAACUCUGACCCAAGCUAAUUUCUUGGAAAGUGUUCUAGGUAUUUUCCAAAAAAGACUAGAGAACUAUAGGAAGCUAGCCAGCUUGGCAUUGCUUAUCCAAAACUUCCUGCCAAAAGUCUGGCCCCAUUUUCCAGGGAUGGUGCUCCGGCGGGCAGACAGUCUUGCACCAGGGACGCUGGUCCCUUUGUCCAUGGGAGCCCGAGGCCUGGCCAGCCUGAAGCACUGCACGGUCCCCGGCAGAAGCAAGUUUAAUUGCCCCUUCGUGCGACAAGGGAGGAGAGAGUGUGGAGACCUCGCUGGAGCCAGUGCUCAGGCCCCUGGGAGGGGCAGGGCUGGCAGACCCAAGCAGGGUGCCCUUGUCUCCUGCCCCUCGUCCAAAGCGCUAGAGCCACAGCCGUGAUCGGAGGUCCGCAGCCUCAGCCCCGGGGAGUCUGCUUCGCUUGUCCUCUGUGAUUCAGCAGCAGUGGCCACAAGUGUGGCCGCAAGUCCGCCCUCAAGCAGCAGUCCAAGCAGAGCCAGAUGACCGGAAGAACUUCCUCAUCGCCAGGACAUCAGAGCGGGGCAUCUGUGGCUCGCCGUAGCAGUGUGGGCAGGAGGAAGGCUCUGUGCCCUCAGUCACACUGAGACAGAGCCUACUGUCAGUCACCACGCAGCAGGACACGGUGACAUGUUCUGGGGACAACCGCUUCUCAGUACCGUGAGUUACAGAAGAGAACCGAGUUUUCCACUUUUGGUCAAACUUUGGGCAAGUCCCCUUGACCGUGCUGGGCCGGCUUCCCAUGGAGUCCAGGGGCUGGGUGUGCUGUGGACCAGUGCACAAUGCUUGUCAGGUGUGGGGAGCAGCCCGGACUAGACUGAGUUACUGGAAUUAAGACUUAUUCUAUGCAUCUGCUCUCCCACAAUAUGGCGCUGGGAGAGAAGUAAACAGCUUCUGCACAGCUGCCUCCAGUUCAGCUAAUAAACUGUAGGACUUGCUCCUGAUUGGAGGAGAGCAGCGUACUCGGCGUGUGGGCAGCCGAGUUAGGAUUGGCGGAGGAGGACUAUAAAGGAGGAGAGAGACGGCAUGCACCAGGAACAUCUAUGGGGAACAUCUAAGGGGAACACCUGUGCAGCCCCCAAGAGAGCCGGCCGGCGGUGUGCCGCUCCCCUGCGGAAGUGGGGAAUGUGGCCAGGGGGAACUGCCCUUCCACGGAGGUGGAAGGGAUAGUAGCCAACCCGGGAAGAACCAGCAGCAAACCCGGGGAGGGCCGAGCAGACAGAAAGAACAGCGCAGGGUCCUGUGUCGUUCCACCACGAAGAGGGGGAGCGACAGUCAGGCAGCCACGGUUGGAAAAGACCCUCUGGUACCCACCAGAGCUGCAUCGGCCCCUCCAAUCCAUUGCCCCUGCUUCAGGAAUUGGAGUAGAAAUAAUCCGUAUCUCUACAGCUCUCACUCACCCCCAGGGACCAGAGGAGACAAAAGAAAAACAUGGGAGAACUCUCCCACGGCCGACGCCCUGUUUCUCUGGCCUGGCCCCUUGUCUUCAAGCUCCAAAGGAUGCGGGAAAAUGUCUGAUUUGUGACCGACUUACCACGAAUCUGAAGAGGGUGGGAAGCCCAGAGAUGGCCUUGCACACCUGCUUCCCCUCACUCAGGUGCCACGGACCGGCCAAAGAGCCACGGACCGGCCAUGGGAGGAGCACUGUCAAGCCAAGCCCGCCCAGCGCACUCAGGGGCAGACAGAGGCCAGCAGAGCCGGGGAAACAGACUGCAAGGGCACUUGCUCAGACAGACGCGGUUCCUGGCACCGCAGAUCCGCAGGCCCUCCUCCGUCUCACGCCCGUUCUUCACUCCGCUUCUGAAAUCGAUCCCUUUUUGUCUUUUCAAUUCUGUAUCUAAUUACAGGUCAUUGUUCCAACACCAGAAAUGCUAAGAGCUGAAGAUUCUGCCAGAAAGUGACUCAUAAAUCUCAUUAGUAUUAAAAAUUUAAAGUCUCGUGGAGUUUGAGCCAAACACAAAACUAUCAUCGUUUAACAUCCUAUGACAAAAGAAGACAGGGAUUUUGCCUGAGCAUCGCGGAGACUAAGGAAUGAGAGUAGCACCUGUCGUCAUUGAGUGCCUGCUGCUCGACGCAUGGCACCGGCUCCCAAGGCCACUGAGCAGCGUCUGUUGAGAACAUUGCUGAGAGCAGACGCGUGAGUCUUUUCAAGGGCUGGAGGCUCGGGAGCUUUGUGAGUUCUGCUCCUGAGGGCUGACGCUGUCCCAGAGGCGGAAUCAGGGCUCUGAGUCUGCCAGCAGGCUGUGUUGGCGCAGGGUUGACAGCCACGGUGAGCAUUGGCACAUGCAAGGUGGAGAGACUGGGAGACAGGGGAAAACUGACCCAGUGCUGUCAUGCAUCCCUGUGGGCUUUUGUGGCCCUUAUUCCAAAGUGGGAGCCAAAUUUGAGGGUCCUUGCCACUGGGACGAUGGCUGUGCUCCGAGGGAGGCCGGCGGGGAGCUGCAGCCAGCCGCUUCUUCAUGCAGCCAAGCCACGCAAGCCAUCCCAGCCCUACGGUGGUGGCGCGCCCGCCCCUAGGGCAACUCCUCCUUCCCUCCUGCUGCGCAUCCCUGCUACUUCCCACUCACUUUCCCGCUCUCGAACGUGACCAAGUGAUGACACAGAUUUGGAGGCUGCACUCUGCCCUGAGAGGAUCCAACAGCUCACUCGGCUGCGCUAUUCUCUCUGUGGGGCCGCAGAAGUGUGGAUCUUGCCCACAGUCAGGCCAUCUGCAGCGUCUGGGAGUAAGACCCACGUUAUGCGGUCACCACCCAGGGUUCCAGGGGAAUAAACAGGCCACAGUGAGAGGCACUGCGAGACCCGACCCCCCCACGUGACGGCCUUGCUGCUCCUGGGGCACUCACAGUAUGCGUGCUGUUAAUGUAGGUCUGCUUUGAGCAGCGCGCUGCCCCCGAAUGGAACCCUACAGAGAUGCUGCACAAAGUAUAGCACUGGGAAAACAAAAGAGGCCACAGGUGUGCCAUAAACCAGGGCGGCUGGCGGGCGGCUGAAGUCACAGGUGCACCGUGUGUUGUGGCCACACCGCGUCCGUUGUGUCAUUUCAGAGUCACUGCGCUUACUUCUAUCAAGAGGAGAAGGCUGGAGGCCAGGCCCAGAAAAGGCCGCCAUCACUCCUACUCCUGUUUAGACACUAGGAGGGCAGCUGUGUUCCCUAGAAGGGAGGGCAGCUGUGUUCCCUAGAAGAGGAGGCGCCGGAUCCGGGGACCAGCUAGAGUCUGCGACAGGAGGCCAAGGGCCCUGUGCGCUCGCGAUCCAGACAGAUGGGCGGCGGAGAGAGCAGAACAAGCUCCUGAGGAUCCAGAAGCGAGGUUUUCAGGAGCAGGAGAUUCGGGGACUUCUAAGACCCCGCGGGUGGGGUCUCUCGUUCCUCUCACUCACGCACGUGGCUCUGCGUCCCCACAUUUUCUCUUACCACAGUAAAGGCAUCAAGUCCAACUUCGCAGCAAAAGCGGCCACUUCACGUUGCCAUCACAGGGCUCCUGUUUGAUCAAUCGGCUUCCCCAGUCCAGAGGAACCUGUUUCGGUUUCCGGCUGAGAGUGGCAGGUGUGUUCUGCGGAGGACGCCGUGCACGGGUGUGCAUCGGGAGGCUCAAGUGUUUACACACAUGCACGGGGGUUUGGGAGUCAACGCGCCCAAGUGCCAGGGCCAGGCCUGCUGAAUCUCCCACGAGCUCCAUCAGAUGAAGCAUCAAUGCGGUUUUAUGUUUCUGAGAAUUUUCUUCAUGUUCGUCUCACAUAAGAAUUUAGUUUCCCACAAAGCUUAAAGGUUUGUUUGAUUUUUCUUAAUUUGCCCUAAACCUUAAAGUCCAUUGGAGCUAGCCACGUCAAAGAAGCUGGGGGAAAUGGAGAGGACUUUUGGUGACCUGCUUUUCCAUCUAGAAGCUUCGCCUGGUGUGUGGGAACCUCACGCGGGCCUGCUGGCCUCCCCUCCGGUGGGGCUGUGCUCACGUGUGACACGGGCAUGGCUCUCCUCCUCAUCCUCCUCCCUGGGCCUCACCACUGCUGUUCCCUCUGCUAGGCAGCACCGUCGCUCGUCAGCUCCUGCUCACCCUUCAGAUGCCAAUCGAAGCCUCAUUCCACAGCCUUAGGGAAGCAACCGGAACCACAUGCCGAGCGGGUGCUGGGACAUCCUGGGGGAGCCCAAGACUCCCUGUACCUUGGGACACCCUGGGGGAGCCCAGGACUCCCUGUACCUUGGGACACCCUGGGGGAGCCCAGGACUCCCUGUACCUUGGGACAUCCUGGGGGAGUCCAGGGACUUCCUGUGGAGUUCAGCAUCCCUGCGCCACCUACAGAUGUCUCUCGACUUACAAUGGCGUUACAGCCCAUGAACUCAUUUUAACUUGAGUCAGAAUGCAUUUCCUACAGCUGCUGCGGUGUCAGGGCCUCCUCACCAGCCGUGGCUCGCUGCCCCUGCCGGCAUCGCUAGGCCAGGAAGAGCUCAAAACCCCACCCUUGGAGAGCUGAAAACUUGCCUGGAAGUUGAGGGUCCUCUGUAAUUACAAACGUGGCCGCUCAGCUGGGAACAUGAGCGCCGUGCGUGCCACGUUCCCCAGGGUGUCCCCAGUUCCCAUGUCGCGCCGGAUUCAGAUGGGCGUCCAUGGUUGCUGCCUUGGGUGUGAACACGGAGCUUCUCCGUGGACAGUGGGCAGGGCCUUGCCGGGCCCCUCCGUGGACUUUGGAGGCUUCUUCCUGAACGGAAGCUGGAAGGGUGCUCCUUCGCAGACCACCACAGCUCAGACGCCGGUUCCCUCCCCUCUCUCUGCUGGGGCUCGCCGGCGGGCCACCUGCCUGUCCACGGUGCUGCGGGAUCUUUCCAGGGAUGCGAGGCGGUGUGGAGUGGCUAUCGCUGGCCAGUCCCAGGAAGAGGCUGGCAAGUGGGGUUCAUGGAGCCUCUUCGCCUUGCCCAGACUUGGCACUGAGCAGCACCAAGCGCAGCACGUCGGAAGUGUGUGGAAGAGGGCCUUUUCCGUGUCUGUCCUCGCCAGAGGGCGGGUGUGCUGAAGUCGUCUCGAGGCCACAGCUGCAAGGAGCUGUCUUGGGUCAGUCAGCAAGACAGCCCCAUCCCUCGGAGUCAGACUAAAUAAAACCGUAAAGUCAACAGGGUUGCAUUUCUCUCAAGGGUCCCUGGGCAGACGCGGGUCACCCCAGGCCGCCGGAGCCCAGUCAGCUGCACGUGGUGUGGACUGGGCCCAGGAUUCUCCGACAGCUGGAGCAGAGAACGAGAGACCCCGAGAGAGCUGUCCUCGCUGCUGUCUGCAAGUGAGCAAGCCUUUGGAUUCCACCUAAAACCACGUGCACUGGCUCCUAGGGAAAGGCAGAUGCACCCGGUCCUGGGCCUAGUGGUUCCCGGAGCAACAGUGCAGAAGUCACACCGCUGCCUGCGGCGCCCUCAGUGGGGCCAGUGUGGACGGAGUGAGGAGCCGGAACAGCCGCCCCAGCCCCGGGCGUGCUCCUGACACUCCGUUCUGGGUCUGCACUCGCUCUCCCGCUGCACGGGCCCGCCUCCUGGGCCCUGCCUCGGCCACGCUCGCCCCGGGCCUGGGAAGCCCUCACCCGCUCUCUUUCUCCUGGGAGCCUGCUACAGACGGCUCCGUCUAAGCAGGGUGUACGUGUCGGAAACCUGAAAUGCUCUAAAAACUGCCCUGGGCUCCAGUGUCGUAAGUGUGUCAUCCACAACAUUGCUCACAAUAUUGUGUAUUCUGGCCAGAUCCAGCAAAUCCAUGGAGAAGGCAGCGGCGGCUGCGUGGUGAGAGUGGGCUCUCCUGCUGGGACGACGUGUUUGGAAGUGGACAGUGGUGGUGGGCGUGGCCUUGUGAACCUGCUCACCACGUGGAUGGGAUGUUUUAAAGCAGCUGAUUUUAUCAUACAAUUUUCACCUCGAUUUUAAAAAAAAGUACAUCCUAGCAACCUAAUAGCUUUUUAAAAUAACGAUGAUACACGUAAGUUAAAACAUAUGGAAAUAGUGUGUGUUACCUUCAGGGGCCAGCGCUGGGGCUCAGUGAGUCAGGCUGCUGCCUGUGACACCAGCUUCCCACAUGAGCACAGGCUGGAGUCCCGGCUGCUCCGCUUCUGAGCCAGCUCCCUGCUAAUGAGCCUGGGAAAGCAGAGGAAGAUGGGUGACUGAAGUGGAGUUCCUGGCUCCUGGCUUUGGCCUGGCCCAGCUCUAGUAUUGAGGCCAUUUGGAGAGUGACCCAGUGGAUGGGGAACCUCUGACCACCCUCUUACUCACAUUCUGUGUCUGUAACUCUGCCUUGUAAAUAAAUAAAUAAAUAUUUUUUAAAAAAGCUAAAAAGAAAAUUACCUUCGGGCUGUGUGUUUAAGGUGUAUAUGAAACAUAAGUGAAUUUUAUAUGUAGACUCAGGUCCCAUUCCCAAGGCAUCUCAUUGUGUGUGUGUGUGUGUGUGUGUGUAAAUAUUCCCAAAUUAAAAAAAAAAUCUGAAGUCAGAGCUCUCCGGCAGCAGGCAUUUCAGACAAGGCUCACCCAGCCCACUCAGCGCUCUCUUCAGUGACCUGGGCCUGAGCAGCAGUUUUAGAGUUGUCAGUUUGGUUGUGGUGGGGGCCGGGCCUCCCCAGCGCUAGAGCUGCCUUCUCCCUGCCCGUGUGUCGUCUGCAGGUGACACCGUGACACCGUGGCGUGCACUUCCGAGUGCCCGAGGAUACCAGGUCUGCGAGCGCAGGAUGGUCAGCCCCCAGCUUGGUGCUCUCACGUCUGGCCGUGGCAGUGAUCAGUUUUCACGAGUCCUGCACCACUGAUGUGUGAAUUUGUUACCAUAACCUGCUAACCCACGUAUGCAGACACAGGCUGCAUGCAUCACUCGCAGGAAUGAUAAACCUGGAGAACUCAAAUGCAGGUUCCACGUCACAGAGGCCUGUGGCCCCCGGAAUCCACAGCACCAUGCUGCACAGGGCCCGCUGGCUGACGUCCAUCAGCUGUGCUUUGCUUCCUGGCCACAAGGCACCAAACCUCUAGCUGGGUGCGUCACUACCCAGCCAAGGGCACCUUUCUCCCCUGUCCCUGUAGCCGGCAUCGGCUACAUGGCUGACUGGCGUCCCAUGAGACGUAAGUCACAGCUGAGUGGGGUUCUGAGGGAGAAGCCCUUACAGGAGAGACUCCUGCACCUGCUGCCUGCACGUCAAAUGCAACUAGGAGGCUUCUCGGGGCUUUUCAGGCCGAGCGCCACAGCCAGUGACGAUGACACACAGGCGGGGAGGGAUCCUGGCCUCCUUACAACUCUGCGGAACCACCUUAUCAGCUCUGGACAGCCUACCUGUCUACACCUUUUGUGGGAGAAAGAAACAGGAGACUACCUUGUGUAAGCUGCAGUCAUUUGAGGCUUUCUGUUAUAUUCUGCUGAUCCGAAUCCUAAUUUAUGCAACCAUCUGUCACCCAGAGAAUACCACUGGUCUGGAGUCCAUGGUGGGGGUGAAUACUUCCAACCGUUGCUUUAAGGGUAAAGUGAGAACGUGACUGAGAGCGGAAGUGGUGGUCACAGCCAUGACAGCAGAGCGCGGAGCCACCAGCCUUGCUGUCCUCCUCGCCCGUGCUGUCAGCAGGAGGCAGUGCCCUGGAGAGACCUGCCCUGGUGCUGGGGCUGGGACUCUGUCCCCUCCUUCCCAAGUCUGCUUCCUCCUGCUCUCCUCUGAGGCCCCCAAGUGCAACUCCUCGCAAGCUGUGUUCGGUCGAGAGUAGAAUACUUCUGCCAACGACGAAGUUUGCUUCCCGGGCUUGAAACACAGGGGUAAAUCACGGGCUGUGCGCACAAUCACCGGGGUCCAGACAGGAUGUUAGUUCAAAUAAGGAAUUAGUUCUGGAAGCAAAGUGCCCAAAGUGGUGUUUAUUAUAAUCAUGUCGUCAGAUCGCUUCAUUGUUUUCCCAGUUGGACACAAAGAGUCUUAAACUUGGUUCCCAGCCAUGGCUGCUGAGCCACCAGAGGUGAGGGAGGAAGAGGCAGAGCAGACAGGAUGACUCGCCUCUCCAGAAAGCAACAGGUAAAGAAACACCUUGCUCUGCAACUAUGUCCUGCCCUGGAACACGCCAAACCCACUCCUCCUCCUCUGUUUCCAUGGAGUGGACUUAGAAACGUUCCACAGAUCCACAGAUCCACUUAGCUAAAAAGUACAGAGAGGAGACACUGCGUAGGGAACGUUUGACUCCCUUUAGGUAACAGCGACCGGCGUAGAAACAGGUUCAUCCUCUUGAGUUCAGGUGUCCCAGCGAUGUUUCUCUCUCUUCAAAGCGUGUGGUUGGCAAGAACCAGGCAAGCAAGGGAGGAGCUUGGAAUCGCGGGUAGCGCAGGGGAGCGGCAGCUGUGCCCACGGCACCGCUGCUCUUAGCUCAUCUGUGCCUGACCCUGUCCCCAGCACCCCGGGGAGAACCCUCAGAUCCACUCACCCCUGCGCCCUCGGCUGCGCCUUGCUCCGGUCGUUUUCCAGUUGCACUCAUUCACCGCUUCUGUCGCACUGAAGAGAAAAAGAGGACGAAGAUACUGCCCGAUUCGACGGAAAGCCGAGGUCCAGCCGACUCCACUCUGACAGAGGACUCGGCCGAGCUUCAGGAGUGCCGGACCUGGCUGCCCAAGUUCUGCUCUUCUCAGCGCAGCCAAAAUCAGGGGUUGUCAGUGCCUGGCCAGUGCCCAGUCACGCUGCUGGCCCGACACCUGCUCGGCAUCUCAGCCUGUGCACGGGCUCACUCCACACCCACAUGAAGCACUGGGCCUGUGGCACGCGUGCCCUUCCUGGAUCUCAGUGGGCAACAACCCCCUGGGCUCAACUAUAAUCCUUCCAUAGAGAGGCAAAGUGAGGCUGGUCACCCAGCUCCUACCCAGCGCUGCAUGGAUGGUCUGUCCUCGGCCCAGGGUCCUCAGCCUAUCGGAUAAGGUAAAUACAAAGGGGAACAUUCAACUGAAACCCAGCCCCACUUACCCCUUCAGCCCGCAGAGGUGUUCGAAUCUGAUGGCCAGCUGCUCCCAGGCGAUGGCCCCAGAGGAAUGUUAACAACGUCCGCGGCUACACAUUACGCUCAGAAACGGUGCUAGUGACACACGUGCAAGUCGCCUUGGUGUAGCAUCUCCCGCCCCCGCCCUCCACGGUCAGACGUGGAAGGACCACUGUGCUGGUCUCUGGCAGCCCUCUCUGCAGGCACCACUGUGCACAGCUACGGGACCCGUCUGCUCCUUACCCGCUGCUCCCCACGCCGCGUGCUCAUCACUCACAGCACAGCCUGCUCUCCUUCUCAAGCAAAAGCAAAACCGAAAAUGUUGCCUCUGGUGUUUUCAAUUCCCUGCUUUUUCUUAUUUUUAUAAAUUACUAAAAUUUGACUUCUUUCCUAGGUAGCAGACAUAAAGUUGAUUUGUUUCCAUGUGGGCCUAGUAAGCAGGUAAGCCUCACAACCCAGGGUUUAGGUGAAGCAGCUGGACUCGGGGUCAGGCAUUCAGGGUGGUGUCGGAGGAGGUCCUGUCCUCCAGAUGCAUUGGCUCCUCUUGGAUCCCUCAGAGCCUCCUUCCGACUUCAGGCAAGGCUGUCACUGGGAAGUAUGGCUGUGGGCUUGGCACCUUGACCCCCACCCCAAAUCAGCCAAUGGGGGAGGAAGGCAUUCCAGCCCCUCACUGUCCAGCGCCUGUCCAGCACCACUUGCCAUGCACCGGUCUAGCACCUGGCCUCUCCAGACAUCUCAUCUGUGUUUCCUCACUGCCUGCAAAUUCACCAUCCAGCACACACUGUCUCUCAAAGAGCGUUUCCAAAACGUAGCACAAUAGGUGGCUACUGACUUUCCUGAGCCUGCAUACAGUGGUCUGCCCCGUGCCAACCUUGACGACUUUGAGAACCGUCCUUCGUGGAACUGGCUCUGUGUGAGGGCAGAAAAGUUUGAUUGGCUGCCGAACCCCCCACUCACUCUCCCAGCUUCUUCUGGUGCUGGGAUGACCCAAGAUAACUUCUUUGAGUCUAGCUGAUUUUGAAGAGGAGGUAUCAAUGCAUUUCAGGCUUUACCGCGAGAGAAUCCAUUUCGUCACUUUUCAUAAAUGGACAAAAUACCUAAUCAUCUGAGGUCAUUCUUGGAACCUGUGCUGGGAGUGUUGACAACCGCAGAUGAAAGGAAGUUUUAAGACACAUGUGGGCCGGUGCCGCGGCUCACUAGGCUAAUUCUCCGCCUUGCGGCGCCAGCACACCGGGUUCUAGUCCCGGUCGGGGCGCUGGAUUCUGUCCCGGUUGCCCCUCUUCCAGGCCAGCUCUCUGCUGUGGCCCGGGAGUGCAGUGGAGGAUGGCCCAAGUGCUUGGGCCCUGCACCCCAUGGGAGACCAGGAGAAGCACCUGGCUCCUGCCAUCGGAUCAGCGCGGUGCGCUGGCCGCAGCGCGCCGACCGCAGUGGCCACUGGAGGGUGAACCAACGGCAAAGGAAGACCUUUCUCUCUGUCUCUCUCUCUCACUGUCCACUCUGCCUGUCAAAAAUAAAUAAAUAAAAUUAAAAAAAGACACAUGUGGAAAGGAGACAGCUGUCAAAAUCAUCUUCAUGUCACAGAUGGGUGGUGAGGAAUCUGGGGCCACAAAAGCUCCACACACAGAGGUACAUCCUGCCUCUCUCCCCCAAAAGCCAGGGCCUCUGUGAAUCUUAAAGAAGCCAGGCCUGUCGUUGCUGUCCCAGGCAAUGGCCUCCCUUUGCACGCUGCGCUGAGCACCUGAGCCGUAGGCUACUGACAAGUUGUCAGGAAAGCUGAGGACGCGUGUUUGGGGACCACCGGGCAUGGCAGAGACCCAGAGAUGAAAUCUGCAGUACUCUUUCCAAAAUGCACUGGCCUUUAGCCACCAUAUCUCAAGUUCUAAGCCUUGGAACAAAUAAGCAUAACACAUUCAAACAACAGAGCCAUGCGAGGUGUCCUUCCCUCUUGGGACCCCUCAGGGGCCUUGUCACUCAGUGGCAAUGUCACACGGAUGGGCCACAGUGGCUCCGUCCAUGCUGCCAUGUGUGUUUUUGCAGCAAGAAAGUUUAUCCAAAUUCCUCCUAUUCAGAGUUAGAUACUUUGCAGAGCAGCAAUGAACUUGUGCAUUGUUUGUUGACCUUACUUAGCAUUUCGUACCCGCGCCGCUGGCAGCUUUGCGAGCUGUUGUGUAAGGAGAGGACCUAGAAGUGACUGCCAACAUUCUGAGAAUAUUUCGUGAUCAGGGAUUUGGCAAAUUCACUGUGAAUGCACUGUGCCCAAUCCAUUCUUUUUUAUAAGCCAGAUCUCAGGUCUGAAACAGACCUUGCAUAAUUAUUUCUUCUGAAAACGUAUCCCCACGUGGCAACUCGGCAGUGCACAUCCAUCUGAGGACCCAUUUCCAGCCCUCCAAGUGGCUCCCCCAUCCCCACAAAGGCUGUCUCUUGCUGGCACCCCGAGAAGGGCAGAUCUGAGCUGUGCAGGAAAAACCUUGCACACAAAGGGAAAAACUGUACCGUCACCUGACGGUGUGGGCUCAGGAAGGCAACACAGGUUGAACACUAGGCUGAAGAAAGUGUCAAGUAUCAACCCCUUUGGGAGGAUCCCAGACCUGGCCAACAGCCCUUGGCCAGAGAACACAGCCGGGAACCUAGGACUUGGCUGCCUGGGCGUCUGACUGAUACUUGAUUCUUUAAAGAGACAAAGAAUUAGAAUUCAGUCGGCAGAGCUGUCUCCAAGCAGACACAGAAGGGUGGGAUGGUCCAGGACGUUUUGUUUAUCCAAACAGCCAGGCCAAGGUCUGGCCUCACAAUGGGAGACGAGGUUUCAGAGCAGGCACGGGAGGACAGCAAUGGACUAUCUUUUCUCUACAGAGCCGGGUGACCUGUCAGCUUGGUCAGGUUGCUUAACCUCUGAGCCACCUGUGACAUGGGACCGGCAAUGGGGACAUACACGUGGGGUAUUGUGAGGACGCAAUGAAGAGUGUCGGUCAACACAGGGUGACCUGACAGAACACAGCUCAGGAGAAAGGGGCUAAAGCAGUCGGAGGCUUAAAUGAGUCCUCACAGUGACCCUCUGAUUCAGGAUAACAAACUCCAGGCCUAGAUAUAGAUCUGUAGCCAAGUGAAGGCCUGAUUUAGCAGGCAGUGGGAUGAACCUCAGAAGGAGUUCUCGGCCGGCGCCGCGGCUCACUAGGCUAAUUCUCCGCCUAGCGGCACCGGCACACCGGGUUCUAGUCCCGGUCGGGGCGCCGGAUUCUGUCCCGGUUGCCCCUCUUCCAGGCCAGCUCUCUGCUGUGGCCCGGGAGUGCAGUGGAGGAUGGCCCAAGUGCUUGGGCCCUGCACCCCAUGGGAGACCAGGAGAAGCACCUGGCUCCUGCCAUCGGAUCAGCGCGGUGCGCCAGCCGCAUCGCGCCAGCCAUGGCUGCCAUUGGAGGGUGAACCAACAGCAAAGGAAGACCUUUCUCUCUGACUCUCUCUCUCACUGUCCACUCUGCCUGUCAAAAAAUUAAAAAAAAAAAAAAAGAAGGAGUUCUCAGACUUCUUCACCCAACGUAGUCACAGUGGUAUUUCCCUGGAGCGUCUAUACAUCCUUCCAAGAUUUUUACCAGGUGUGUAGUAUUCCACAGUUCAGGAAACACUGACAUUUAUUGAGAGACAUUGGCUGCUUGUGUGACUUUGAGGGUAGAAAACAAGAGGUAGAAUGCUGGAUGACCAGCUCGUUGCCAGUGAAGUUGGUCAUCUUUCAAACUUUAUUCGUCACUUCUGUGUUUUUUUGUUCUGUGAA